UGCCCCGCAGGGCCGUGCGUGGCAGCGGCGCGUGACGUCGGGGGUGGGAGCUGGCCAGUGCUGAGGGGGCGCGGCGCGGAGGGGCGCGGAGCCGGGCGGCUCGCGGCCCAGAGAGCGCGGCGGCCGGGAGCCCGCCGGCCCCUGACAGCCCCCUCCCCCCGGCGGACGACGACUACGACUACGAGGACGCCGGUCAUGGCGGAGCGGCGAACCGAGCGCGGGCCCUGAGCACCACCGCAUGGAGCGGGACGAACGGCCGCCUAGCGGAGGGGGAGGCGGCGGGGGCUCGGCGGGGUUCCUGGAGCCGCCCGCCGCGCUCCCUCCGCCGCCGCGCAACGGUUUUUGUCAGGACGAAUUGGCAGAGCUCGACCCAAGCACUAUUUCUGUUCCAGAUGAUCGGGCUGAACAACGAACCUGUCUCAUUUGUGGGGACCGCGCCACAGGCUUGCACUAUGGAAUCAUCUCCUGUGAGGGCUGCAAAGGGUUUUUCAAGAGGAGCAUUUGCAACAAGCGGGUAUAUCGGUGCAGUCGUGACAAGAAUUGUGUCAUGUCUCGGAAGCAGAGGAACAGGUGCCAGUACUGCCGCCUGCUCAAAUGCCUCCAGAUGGGGAUGAACCGGAAGGCAAUCAGAGAAGAUGGCAUGCCUGGAGGCCGGAAUAAGAGCAUUGGGCCUGUCCAGAUAUCAGAGGAAGAGAUCGAAAGGAUUAUGUCUGGACAGGAAUUUGAGGAAGAAGCCAAUCACUGGAGCAACCAUGGUGACAGCGACCACAGUUCCCCGGGAAACAGGGCUUCAGAGAGCAACCAGCCCUCACCAGGUUCCACACUGUCCUCCAGUAGGUCUGUGGAACUAAAUGGAUUCGUGGCAUUCAGGGAUCAGUACGUGGGAAUGUCUGUGCCCCCACACUAUCAAUACAUACCGCACCUUUUUAGCUAUCCUGCCCACUCGCCACUUCUGCCCCCGCAAGCUCGCAGCCUGGAUCCCCAGUCGUACAGUCUGAUUCACCAGCUGGUGUCAGCCGAGGACCUGGAGCCACUGGGCACACCCAUGUUGAUUGAAGAUGGAUAUGCUGUGACUCAGGCAGAGCUGUUCGCCCUGCUUUGCCGCCUGGCUGAUGAGCUGCUCUUUAGGCAGAUUGCCUGGAUCAAGAAACUGCCUUUCUUCUGCGAGCUCUCAAUCAAGGAUUACACGUGCCUCCUGAGCUCUACAUGGCAGGAAUUAAUCCUGCUGUCCUCCCUCACCGUUUACAGCAAGCAGAUCUUUGGGGAGCUGGCUGAUGUCACUGCCAAGUACUCACCCUCUGAUGAAGAACUACACAGAUUUAGUGAUGAAGGGAUGGAGGUGAUCGAGCGGCUUAUAUACCUGUAUCACAAGUUCCAUCAGCUGAAGGUCAGCAAUGAGGAGUAUGCCUGCAUGAAAGCGAUUAACUUCCUAAAUCAAGAUAUCAGGGGUCUGAGCAGUGCCUCGCAGCUGGAACAGUUGAACAAACGAUAUUGGUACAUUUGCCAGGAUUUCACCGAAUAUAAAUAUACACAUCAGCCGAACCGUUUUCCUGACCUCAUGAUGUGCUUACCUGAGAUUCGAUACAUUGCAGGAAAGAUGGUGAACGUACCCCUGGAGCAGCUGCCCCUCCUCUUUAAGGUGGUGCUGCAUUCCUGCAAGACAAGUGUGGGCAAGGAGUGACCUGUCCCCAGCACCCCUCCUCCGGCCAGCCACAACGCCUGGGGUGGGCAGGACGGGCUCCAGAGGAAAGAGCCAGAGAGACCAAGGUGGAGGCUGUGGAGCAGCGUUGCCAAUUGCCUCCAGAGCAAGAAGAGUGUUUGUUUGUUUGUCUGUUUUUUUUAACCUCAUUUUUCUAUAUAUUUAUUUCACGACAGAGUUGAAUGUAUGGCCUUCAACAUGAUGCACAUGCUUUUGUAUGAAUGCAGCCGAUGCAUUUCCUUGCAGUUUACAGAAUGUGAAGAUGUUUAAUGUUACAGUGUUGUCAUUGUUUAGAGAUAGUUCUUUUGUAUUUUGAGGGAGAGGGUGGGAUGGGGCUGAGAUGACUAUUUCCAUAAUGUUGACAAAGAUGACUACCUCAGUGGAAAGGGAGGGGUGUGACCAUCCCUACUUUUUCUACAAUUUCUCAGGAGACUCAUGUAUCUGUCAGAGAGCAAACUGCCUUUUUCUAGCCGCAGAAUUGACAGGUAAAAGAGCACACCGUAAAAGGGAAAGUGGUGUGCGGAGGUUUACCAGGCAAAGUGCGUGCGACAUUGGGGGCAGGGCAGGAGAUGAGGAUUUAGCCAUCUCUUUUCUUUGGAAAGCAUAAAAGCUGAGAGAGUCAGGCAUGAUGACCAAAUCUAGGUUAGGUGUCCUCCCUCCAAACAAGUCCUCAGGGAGAAGGGUUUCUAUUCUCGCACCACUCUGGGGGGCUCCGCUCCCCACCAACCAUAGCACCACUGCUGAUUUCCGCCACUGUCACUUUUUCUUCCAGGCAAAGUCCUGGCAAUAAGCUAAGCCUUGGGGCUUGCCUCCCAGCUCCGUCGGGGCUCACGGCUACCUAGAUUCCUCUCCCGGCUCUGCCAAGACCUGCUGUCCUCAGGCUCCUUGCCUCUCCCUUAUAAAUUUGACUUCCUGUUGGCCCUUUGAAAAAACAACCAUACCAAUUGUCGUGAUCUGAAUCCUGGUGCCCACUACUGAUUUAUUCUCCUUUCACCUUCAAAACUUAGUGUGACAAAGGCCAGACUGCUAAUCGAAUAAACACUUCUCCUUUGGAACUCCCUGCUUCUUCCCCACCCCAUCCCAUUCCACCCUCAGGUCUGAAUCCAAAACUACACACAGCCUCUUUUUCAAGCAGUAGGAACAUUUACGCAUCUGCCGACCAGAAUUUUUGCCGCUACAUUCUGCUCCAGGCUCUCCUGAUCUCUCCAGAAUGAGUCCAGGCUUCCUCCGAAGAGAAAGCCCAAGGCCCAGAAUGGCUCAGUUGCCCCUUAGAGCCUGGCUGACCGAGGCCUCAAGGGCUGGAGUCCAGACCUCCUGGGAGGGAAGGGGGCUUUAAACUACCUCACGUUCCUAAAGGCCUGGCUGCCCCUCUGCAGAUACGGCCUGGACCCCUUGUUCUUCUACUACCUGCCCCGCCUAGCCCCGGGAAGUGUUUCUUACCCUCUUGGCUUUGGCCAGCGGUCACACCAGGUCUGUCGUGGAACUCUUUCAGGUGUUUUUCUCUUCUCUGCCUCACUGCAGCAAUUGUUGCUGCCUAAACCCGGGUACCUCCCAGAGCCAGUGUAGCAGACAGACCACGUAGCUGGGUACAGACCCUGGGUGGGCCUGAGGGGCCUACAGCCCCUCCUUUUGCCUAUUUAGUCAAAGGCCGUUUGCUCUCUUCCCAGCUCAGCCUAGCACACUUACUCAGAGGGCCACCAUACUGCGUGCGUAUCAGGUAGUCUGUAAUUGUGAUUCUUCCUUUCCGGUGAAAUGUUACGGGUACCAGCAGAGUGAUGAUUUUGUCCCUUGAUGGAUCUAAAUCUCAGAGCAUUACUUGUCAGUGCUGUUUCCUCAACGACUCUUGAGAAAGAAAGAAGAAACGUGUUCCUCAGGAAAAGCUUCAACCAGAAUGUUUUUCACAUGUCAGUGGGAAGAUUUUUGAGUGUAUAUCUGUUUAUUUCUAAGUUCACAACAUUUUUGUUUUUCUGAUUUUUUAUUUAACCAACUAGAUAACAUUCUUUGGCUACAGGUCAGACUCCAAGCCACUUUCCUCAAAAUAGGGGAGGGUGCACAUAUCAGGGACCCCUUCAAGACAGCUCCUGUGUGCAACAUCUCUCUUUGCUAGAUCUCCAUCGGUCAAGUUAUUAGUAUUUUUUGAAAUUGCUUUUCUCUUAAUUAAGCAUUUUGCCGGUUGUGUUGGGUAUCAAAGGAAAAUUGCUCUCUGAUGAGGCAAGAACACAUCUCUUUAAUAAUGCAGCAUUAAACAGAGCAAGUUGUUAAUCUGUAGAGUGGGGGAAAGGUUCUGCAAGUUGCCAUUGUACAAAUCCAUUUUUACAAAUGUUUGCAGCAGAUUCCGCAGAACAAAGAGCCCAUUCAUUGCCGAGAGCCCUGCAGAAUCGCUGAGCCAAGUGGCCGUGUGUUCUGAGCCGGAGCCUGACCUGUGGACCGCCUUUAAUGUCUUCUGCACCCAGUCCUUUUAUGACAUGGGCUUUUUUUAAACAGGGUAAAGUGACUGUGUUGCGUCGCAAACUCAGGUAUUAUGAGAGGAAGGUAGGAGUAUAGCUAGCAGCGUGGAGACAUUAGGUCAGCCACUAGAUGUAUUUGUGAAUUCAGUUUGAAGGACACAGAGAAAGGUUGGAGGGGGAGGUUUGGUGUGUUUGUUUUUUGCCUUUCUUCCCAUGUUUGGUUAACAGGUAGCCUUUUUGCUAGUGGAAAAGAAAAAAGUUGUGCGUGUUGUCUCUAAUUCCCCUCUCUUCUGUCCUCUCUCUGAUCCCCUGCCACCAACAGCACUCACUUUGAGUGAGACUUUUUCCACCAUGAAAAGACGACCAUGAAAGCUGUGUGGUAAAGGAGAGUCCCGCCUCCUUGCGCUGCACUGAAACAUACAAGCCUUUCCCUUCCUUUCCCUUUAGAUGUUUCCUUGACCCAAAACAAAAGUUUGGAAUCUUGGAACUUUAACUACAGCUCAUGCUCUCUGGCUCCUUUGUAGACUUUUGGAGUCUUUCACAAGGUUUGGUGGUCCUGUCCUGAGUCUGGAGAAACUUGCCAGAACCUGUCUCAAAGCACUCCACCUGGCUCAGAGGAUCCCCAGGCCCCAGCCCGAUCCAUAAGUGAGGUGGAAGAGAGAGAAGGCAGCAGGCAGGAGCUUCCCUGCCCUGGUCCCAGAUCCAGAGGGGGGAAUGGAGGGAACCUAGGGGUCUCCACGACAUCACUGACAGUCACCCACUCUACACCAUCCUGCCUCGCACCUGCCACCCCUUCUCAGGGAAGAGAGUCCUGCCGUGGCCGGCGUGCCACCAGGUCCUAAGAGCCCUGGGCUCUCUGAGCUAGCUGCUUUGCUCUGCUGCCUGUUUCCUACCUUUGUUUGUUCUCAGUUUCCUGGGGAAUGGGACAGAUGGAGACAGACAGACAGACCCAGUAUGGGCAACAUCUAGGCCAUGUCCAGAGUUGGCCAAAGUGAAGGGACACUGGCCUCCCAGCAGGACAGGAAGCUGAGCAGUGGUUCCAAGUCUCUAGCUCUGGGCCCCUGGUCUAUGUCUUUUUUUCCACGUUGCUUUUUAAAUUUUUGCAGUUGUUUUAAGAAAUCCAGCCUUUUAGAUCAGCCUUUUUAUUAAACUUUAAAUUUUUCUCUAUUAAUAUUUUUAAAAGUAAAAAACAACCCUCCCAAAAAAAAAGCCAGAAAACAAACC